UCUGUCUCCCCGGGACAGCACCAUGGCUUCCCGCGGGGGUCCCCGCGCCGCCGGCACCGAUGGCAGCGACUUCCAGCACCGGGAGCGCGUGGCCUCGCACUACCAGAUGAGCGUGACCCUCAAGUCGGAGAUCAAGAAGCUGAUCUACACGCAUGUGGUCAUCUGGCUGCUGCUCCUGGCCCAGAUGGUCGUGGGGCACCUCAAGCUGCUACCCCACGACCAGGUGGCCAUGCCCUACCAGUGGGAGUAUCCCUACCUGCUCAGCAUCCUGCCCUCCCUCCUGGGCCUCCUGUCCUUCCCCCGCAACAACAUCAGCUACCUGGUACUCUCCAUGAUCAGCACCGGCCUCUUCUCCAUGGCUCCCCUCAUCUACGGAGCCAUGGAGAUGUUCCCCAUGGCACAGCAGCUGUACCGCCACGGCAAAGCUUACCGCUUCAUCUUCGGCUUCUCGGCCGUUUCUGUCAUGUACCUGGUGGUGGUGGUGGCCGCGCAGGUGCAUGGCUGGCAACUCUACUACAGCAAGAAGCUGCUGGACUCCUGGUUCACUAGCACGCAGGAGAAGAAGAAGAAAUGAGUGGGGAUAGGUGGGCUCCGUGAGGUGCUGAAGCUCUGCAGUUCAGUCCUGUGGGGCAGCGCUGGCGCAGCUCCGGUGGGUGGGGGAUCCUCGGGGACCACGGGCUUGGGUGUCAGCCAUACCACGGCCCCGGGCACGCAUGCAAGGGGGAGACC